CCUUCUCUCCCUCUCUCACUCAAUUCUAAUGGGUUUCUCCAUUUUCACCUGCAAUUGAAAUCUCUUCCUCUAUAUCUGCUAUCUGUAUCUAUAUCUAUAUCUAUAUCGUCUCUGUAUGUUACUAUUUUAACUUCUCUGGAUCUCCUUUUCGUUUCGGUGUUUCUGAUUCUGUAGCUUUUCAUCUAUAUCUCAUAUCCACCCAAUAUCUAUAUAUAUAUGUAUGUACACACAAACACACACAUUGAAGAAUGUUUUUUUUACAGCAGUGAAGUGCAUUAGCGAUUUCUUCGAGCAUUUUCAAGAAAAAGAUUGAUUUUUGGCACCCAAGCUUGGGAACAUUUGCUUGGGAAAACUAGUGAUUACCAAGAGAUGGAUGGGAACCAUUCUGGUGAAGAGAGUGACAACUUUGACUGGGAUACUGAAGAUGAACGGGAAAUUGAGAAUUUACCUUUAUCUUCCCAUUCAAGUUUGACAGUAGCUGGUACAGAAGCUACUGCAGGCUCUGGAGAGGCAAGCUCAUCAGCUGGUUCUUCCCAUUCCAAGUUGAUUCAUCAUUUUGUAGGGAUGGGGUUUUCUGAAAAAAUGGUUGCAAAAGCAAUUGAAGAAAAUGGAGAAGGGAAUACAGAAACUAUACUAGAAACUCUCCUCACAUACUCAGCUCUUGAAAACUCUCCUGAAUCUCCUCAAAAACAGCAACAUGUCGAUUCUGAUCAAUACUCUACAGAUUAUGACGAGAGUUUUCUAGAUGGUUUUUCAGAUACAGAUAGUUGGUCUGGAAGUGAGGGAAAUAGAACUUCUUUGUCUGGCAAGGAUAAGACAUUUUCGUCUCUAGUAACCAUGGGCUACACAGUUGAAGAGGCUUCAAUUGCUAAGGACAGAUGCGGUCCAGAUGCCUCAAUUGCUGAGCUUACAGAUUUUAUAUGUGCCGCUCAAAUGGCAAAGGCAGCGGAUGCAUAUCUACCUGAUCCAAAGCCAAAAGGUGUCUCUAAUGACAAGGGAAAGAGAAAAUUUUAUGAGUAUGAGUUGUUGAAAAGGAAAAAACAGAGGUCUGAGAAGAAGGUUCUACGUGAAGAGGAUGAGAUAAUUCGUCUUCCAAAACCAAUGAUUGGGUUUGGAGUCCCUACUGAACCGUGUCAAGUAUUUCACAGAACCCUUCCAGAGGCAGCCGUUGGACCUCCUUACUUCUACUAUGAGAAUGUGGCACUAGCUCCAAGAGGAGUUUGGAAUACCAUAUCUCGGUUCUUGUAUGAUGUUGAACCAGAAUUUGUUGAUUCGAAGUAUUUCUGUGCAGCUGCGAGGAAAAGAGGCUAUGUUCACAAUCUUCCGAUUCGAGAUAGGUUUCCUCUUCUUCCGAUGCCCCCACGCACCAUACAUGAGGCGUUACCCUUAACAAGGAAAUGGUGGCCCUCGUGGGAUACGCGAACAAAGCUGAAUUGCUUACAAACUUGCAUUGGCAGUGCAAAACUGACAGAUAGGAUCCGCAAGGCUCUAGAUGAUUGGGAUGGUGAACCACCACUGAGAGUGCAAAAGUAUGUACUUGAUGAAUGCCGAAAAUGGAAUCUAGUCUGGGUAGGAAGGAACAAGGUUGCACCUCUUGAACCCGAUGAAGUGGAAAUGCUAUUGGGGUUCCCAAAGAACCAUACAAGAGGUGGUACAAGUAGGACUGACAGAUAUAAAUCUUUAGGCAACUCAUUCCAGAUUGAUACAGUGGCCUAUCAUCUCUCUGUGCUGAGGGACUUGUUCCCGGGUGGCAUCAACCUUUUAUCUCUUUUUUCUGGGAUUGGUGGUGCAGAAGUAGCCCUCCAUCGGCUCGGUAUACCUUUGAAGAAUGUUGUAUCUGUUGAAAUUUCUGAAGUUAACAGAAAUACUGUCCGGAGCUGGUGGGAACAAACAAACCAGAGAGGGAAUCUGAUUGACGUAGUUGACGUUCAACAGCUAAAUGCUGAUCGGCUGGAGCAGUUCAUAGACACCUUUGGUGGUUUUGAUCUUGUUAUUGGUGGGAGCCCAUGCAAUAACCUUGCAGGCAGCAACAGGGUGAGUAGGGAUGGACUGGAAGGCAAACAAAUUGAUGUUAAUAUGCAGGAGCAUUCCAAUUUAAUAGGGGCAGGAUCAUGUGCUGUAAACAAUGCUUUUUAGGGUUGCUUCAGGCCUAUAAACUAGUAUUUCUAGGGCCAUGAACUUCUUCUAAACUAUAUAAAGAAAUAUGGGUCGUAAAAGAAAGAAUCACCAUCAGGGCAUCCUCGUUAACAACUCAAAACUACCGGUCAGCUUACCGCUUGGAUCUGAUUCUACACAACAUUUGAGCUUGACAUUCCCAUGCCUGCAAGCCUUUCAAUCCACUUUUGUUCGCUCCUUUGAGCUUAGUGCCCGGUGUCAAGUAGGGGCUUUAUUCAGUAGAGCAUCCAUGGGAGCUUGAAACAAGGUGAAAAAAAAAUUAUCCAACCGAUAAAGUACCACAGCAUAUUGGAGCUGAUAGGAUGUAUAUAGGGUGCUUACGUUGAGUUAUUGUAUAAUUUAUUUUUUCGUUCAAAAUUUUAAACCAAAUAAAAAAUAAAAAUAGACGAAAUGUGCUACUGUUUAUUUAUUUUUAUUUUAUUAUUAUG